AUGGAUGUAAAAUCGAUGCUCAAUAGAGUUAAAAAAGUUUCUGAUUUUUUUAAUAUUUCCCCUACACGACAAAUACCUUUAGAAAAGAAUAUUGACCUUCAUGGUUCUUUAUCAGCCGGUAGGAAAAAGAAAUUAAUAGAUGUGUGUCGAACUAGGUGGGUUGAGAGAAUCGACGGCUUAGAUACUUUCCAGCAGCUUCUUAUUCCUGUUUUUAAAACGUUGAGAGAAAUGAAGAAAAAUGUAGAUAAAGAUCACAGUCUCAAUGUUUCUUCGGAUGCCUCUGAACUUCUUGAUCUUUUGGAAAAGUUUGAUUUUGUUGUUGCCCUGGUUAUUUGUAGAAAUGUGUUUGAUUCUACAAUUGGUGUUACUCAGCUUCUUCAAGGGAAGAGUAUUGACAUUAUGGAUGGUUUACAUCUUAUUACAUCGUUGAAAACUUUUGUUGUUAAUGUUAGGAAUUCCAUUGAUAAGUAUCACGAUACAUGGUAUGAAGAGUCUCUCGCACUGGCUCGAGAAUUAGAUAUUGAUGAAGCAAAGCCAAGGACAGUGGGAAGACAGACAACACGAGCUAAUGUCCCCUAUAAAACUACAUCUGAGUACUAUAAAAGAAUUUUUUCUAUUCCAUUUGUUGACCACCUAAACUCUGCGUUGAAAGCUCGUUUCAAUACUGAUAGCGUUAAUGUGUACAAUGGGCUUAGCAUUGUACCAUAUAAAAUGAUUUCUCUUCUUAACAAUGGCAUGAAUUGGAAAGAAAAAUUCAAAGUUGUUUCCAAUUUUUAUCACGAUGACCUACCCAUUCCAUUGGCCUUAUACUCAGAGAUUUUGCUUUGGGAAACUUAUUGGGUUGAUUACGAAGGAACCAUUCCAGACUCAAUUUCAGCAACUUUAAAAGCUUUAAAAUUUGAAGGCUUUGAAAACAUCAAAAUUAUUCUUCGUAUUCUUGGAACCCUUACUAUCACAUCUUGCGAAUGCGAACGCUCUUUCUCAGUUUUGCGCGAACUGAAAAAUUAUAAGCGAAGUACGAUGGUUUCAGAGCGUCUAAACGGUUUGGCCAUGAUGAGAGUUCAUCAAGAAAUUGUGCCCGAAACGUCAGAAGUUAUCGACAGAUUUGCUAUGGAUAACACAAGAUUAAAGUUCGUAUAG